CCGCCUCCUUGGGCCCUCAUCACUCUCCUUCCCUUUCUACUUCCAACUCCUCUUUCUCGUCAGUGCGUUCGCCAUGUUCCGCACUCGCGAUGCCUCCCUCUCCUCAGCGAAUAGGCGCGCCCCGCCCCCGCCCCUCCCACUCGCGAAACAAGAGGCUAUCCGCGCACCGCGUUUCUGGAAUGCAGCAGUCAAUGCCACUAAGGGCCUGUUCAAUCAACCGUCCCGAACACCCCUAGAUGAUGAUGAUCUAGCAGCUCCUCCUUGUGUGCCACGCGUGGACGAUAGGCGCAGACUUGUGCGCAAGUCCAUCUCGACUCCGGCUCUUAAAGCGAGUGCGAGCACGGGCAAUUUGCGACGCGACAUGAACGAACACUUCUCCCCUCCACUGCCUCCGCUCUUUACCAACCGCUCCGAAGAGCACAGUCCGCGUAAGCCGAAGUUCAAGGCAGCUGUGAUGCAGUCCACAGUCCGCCGUCCUGUCAUAUCGUCCCCGUCGCUUCCUCAGCCACUCGACAGCAUUGCUCUAUCCAAUCCUAAGCUCGCAUAUCCGCUAUCCCCUACGCCGUCGCCUGUCGGAUCGACAUUUAGCUUGAAUACUCCAGCGCCCCGAUCGGCAUCAAAACUACCUAUUCAUGGCUCGCAAUCUGACGACGUCGCCAGCGUCAACGCCGACGCCUUCAAUGACUCACGGCCUGCUCGGAGGAGAACUAAAAGUGCACCAGGUUCUAAGCUUAACAAGCGUUCACUGUUCUCUCCAGCAUUAUCAGCGGCGCAGGGGUCUGAAUCUCCGCUGACUGAACCUUCUUCCGAACCGUCUUCUCCCAUAGUCAUUGACAUCGCUUCCCCAAGCAUUGCGUCGCCAGAGUCUGCUGGCUCUCCGCCUUCGCCACCUCUAGAGACACCCAGGAUGAUGUUGGGAUUCUUCUCACAAGUGACAAGCUCGCCUGUUCAGAUUACUUCUCCGCGUAGCUUUACAUCUGUGAAGCGCAAACCGGUCCCGCGCUACUUAUACACGGACCCACCCGAGCAUGACGCCUCGACACCAUACACUCCUGUCCUUACACCGAAUCCAGGCUCUCCUCCAAGCACGAACGCCGCAACAGCGCUUCGCGCAGUUUCGGGCGUUCUCCACGCGCCACUUCUACCGUCUUCCGAGCUGAUUCUCAAAUCGUGCAACCCGUCCCGAAGCAACAACCGUGGGUUGAACCUCCUUCCGAUCGGACAUACGCGUCCGGAUGGCUCGGUCCGUAGGCAACAACAUAGGCGUAGUGUCAGUGAACAUGGCCGUCGCCGUCUCCUCAGUCCGGAUGUCAGUACCGGUCUUCCCAGCUCUUGGUUCACGACUAACGCCAAUGGCUCCAUGACACCCCACAUCACGCCGGCGGAGGAACAUGCUCCGUAUUCUUUUGCCAAUGACCUACCUGCUGCACCGCACAUCGCCUUGCAGUCUCCUCAUCAGACCCCGGCUUAUGUCGCGGAGGAGAUUUCUGCUUUUUCCGACAACACGUCGGUUCGUUCGUCUAUGUCCCGUCGCUCGUCCAUGUCCCGUAGUGGCGCUCUAUCUCCUUUGACAGACGAAGAUAUUGACGCGCUCCGGUGCUUCCUCCGCCGCCAUGCCACGGGCCAACGAGAAAGGCAAAGACGCAAGUGCGGAAAAUCGUCGGAAAAGCACUCACGGGACACUUCUGUCGCGUCUUGCUCAUAUGAUAUGCAUACUCAGAUUGUUGAGUCAUACUGCACUGACGAAGACGAGUUUUUCUCCUUGGAUGAGUCGGAGGACGACAACGAUGCGGAGAGUCAUGUCCCAAUGUCAGCUUCAGAGACUUACUCGUUAUCUAAUUCUUCUAUCGACGGACACCAAGAGUCGUCGCAUGAAUGUGAACAUGGAGAUGGCACAGGCUUUGGCGUUGGGACUCCUGUCAAUCGUGAUGAGUUUGAGACGCUAGACGAAGUCGUGAACCGCGGGACCUUUGGCUAUUACGGCACACCUAUUGUACGGAUGCCGUGGUCCCAUUGUGCGCAGCAUGGGGUCCACGACAGUGUUUCCGGCGAUAAGGAGUACGAUGUCCGUCCGAGCUUCCCGACGGAGUGGAGGGAAGGAGGCAUCUUCGGAGAUAUGCCUGACAAUGUGAGGCCAUCAAAUAAAGAAGGAGAAGGGGCUGGAAUUCAGGUAGAGGAGCUCCCUUGCGAGCUCAACAAGGGACAGACGGAAGUCAAGGUUGUCAUUGGUCCUGCUCGAUCUUCUUCUUUGUGCUGUAGUCCUUCGCCGGACAAUGCCCGGUCCAGUGUUGUCGACAGCACGUCAUGCGGUCGAAUAAGCCGUCAACCUCUUAUUCCGAGGACGCUGAAUUCAGAUUCAGAAACCGAUCGCCCGAUCUCGUCUGCAACAUCGACGUCCUUGUCACCCUCGACGUCUACAGGGCGUUCGGCUUUCGCAUCCGGGAUUGGCCUUGCAAUUAUCCCUCAUGAGCAAUUCGCGUACUUCGACAGGUAUGUGGAGUACGGAUAUGUUCCCGCGGGCUCUCCCUCUAACUGCGGAGCUGACGAUAACCUGGGGGGAUCUCCGACGACACUCGCAUGUGCCUCGCCAUCGACCAGAAGUCCGCGUCAAUGCGAUUCGGAGCAUGACAGCCCUUUCGAUAAACUACAAGCAAACCUUCACACGUUGUCAACCGCUCGAGGAGACAGGAUUCCUCAAAACAACAUGGAUGUACAGUCACCGAUUCUGAAGCCUGCACUACAGAUCGAUGCCAGCCGAGCGCACGCGGCUACAAUAGUUCAUCUGCCCUCACCGACAGACACUAUUGAGACAUAUCCGCCCCAGACAUAUGCGGCUAAGGGUCUUUAUCUGGACCAGAAGCUAGUUACACCGGAUGCAAAGUUCACUGCCAGUGCGUCUGCAGACGAGGCUAUUCCUGAGAACGUUAAAUCGUUCAUGAACCUCACGCCCAAUGAUUCCGCUCUGAGACGCCCACGCAUAAAACUGCGGCAGCUCUUCUCGCGCGGUAACUUAAGAGCCGCGGCAAGGCGAAAGGUGUCUGCAGGAUCGAAGGUGUGAUCCCUUGUAACACGCCAUUCUGGUUCCUUUACUGUGUUGUCAGUCCUUACUCAUUUCUUCUGCCCUCUCUUGGUCUGGUCAUCAGCGUCAUUCCUUUCUUUUCUGGCAUUGUUCCUUCGUUCUUCAGAUUUUUUCUUCCUCACUUGCACUUGUCCCAUGCAUUUUCGAUUCUAUUCGUCUCCAAUCAGCUGCAUUAUUAAUACUUGUCCCAUACAUACACUCUCACUUGCAUUCGACUCCACUCGCAACCCACAUCUUGCUUUGCAUUCCUAUAUCAUACGCUCAUUACACCACUUUCCCUUUUUUUUGGAUGUUGGCCUUCCGUUUACUGUGCAUACUCUACCUUAUUGCAUUUUCUUUUUCAUCGC